AUGAAUUUCAAUCUUCCUGAAAAAUUGUCCCCUGAUUAUCAUAAUCUUUUCGAAAAUAGUAACAAAUACAAUGUUAUAAUUGAAGUAGGAGAAGCGCCGUUCAAUAAAACGUAUAAAACACAUUCCGUUAUUCUAAGUAACAGGUGCCCGUUCCUAUAUAGGGAAUUACAGCGCAUUUCUUGCAACAAAGGUGAUACCAAAUUUAUCAGUAAAAAGCAUAUUCCUAUUAAGGCAUUUGAUGUUAUUAUCAA